UAAAGUCAAAACAAAUGCUACCAAGUUGAAGUGAAAAAGGUUUUAUUUUGAUAUCAUAAUAAUAAAAUGUUUUAAAUAUUUUCGCGAAUUCCAAAAAAAUUGAAAUGGCUACGUUAGAGAAGUUAAAGAAGUCUUUAGAUUCUUUGAAAAAUUUAUCUAAACAUUCUCAUAAUACAGGGGAAUUAUCAAAAAAAAAAGAUAAAAUUCAUUAUUGCUAUUCCAUAACAGAAGCAAUUUCGAAUCCUACGAUAAGAGUAUCUAGCAGUUUUCAUAAUCUUUUGGGUACUAGUAUAGAACUGUUUUUAAUUCUUUGUGAUGAUGAAGAUGCUGAUAUUAGAAUGACUAGUGAAGAGUGUCUAAACCGAAUUAUUAGAGCGGCAAACGGUUAUGUAGGAAAAAUCCAAAUCGAAUUACAUAAAGAAAUAAAGAAAAAUGGAGCUACCAGAUCUUUAAGAACUGCUUUAUGGUUAUUUUCACUUUUAGCUCACAGGAUUCGCCCCCAUAAAGGCAAACCUUACGUGUCUAAUCUCUUUCCAAGUCUUAUUAAAAUAGCUGAACGUAAUGAAGAAGCAGUUCACGAGACAUUAGCAGCUAGUUUGCCUAAUAUUAUGAAAGCUUUAGGAUGCUUCACAAGCGAAAGUGAAAUUAAGGUGCUAUUGAAAGCGUUUCUAUCGAAUAUUUCAAAUGCCUCUACUGUUAUUAGAAGAACUACGACAAACUGUAUUGUUACGAUUUGUCUGAACUGUAAAAACCCAUAUAUUUUUAUUACAUACUGCCUCAACAAUCUUUUAGAUACACUCAUUCCAGUCACCGAGGAACACUCCACUUUUAAAAUUUUAGGAACAAUUUCCUGUCUGAAGUCCCUGAUAAAACAUAUUUAUUCCGAACCACUUGAAGCUAAUUUACAAAAUGAACAUGUAUCCAAUGAGAAACUACUACAAAUAUUCGAACUUUGUUUACAAUAUUUGUUCCAUAAGGAUCAUAAUAUCAUAAAUAUUUGUUUGGAAACAUUAAAAGUACUCCUAGAAUGUCCUUUUGGUGGUUUUAAGGAAAUAUUAUCAAUUAAUUUUGGAUCUCACAAAACUACAGAGAAAUCUUCAGUUACACAUAAUAGAUCUCCAAGUCAACUUAGUGUAGCGACAACUGUGAAUACUGAAGAUAACCUAUUUUCUGAUUCGGAAUUAACUGAAACAUUACAUUCCGAUAUAGAAAAGUGGAUAGACGAGUCGAAAUUAUCCGUGAUGAAUAUAUCGUUUGCAAAAAUAAAAGAGAAGUCGCGGUCUCUGGAUAAGUUGAACCGAUUCAAUCAGGAACCAACGAAAAAUGUGGAUUACGGACAGUUGAAUAAAUUGGAUAAAGAACAUUUUCUCGCUCAGAAAAAAUCUCACAGCAUCGAGUAUACUCUGGAUAUACUCAGUUUAAGUGAUAAUUCAUCUGAUAAAAGUUACUGUGAGGAAGAUAAAAGCUUGAAUAUUGAGGAAUCAACUCAGGAAAUAUUUAUUGGUACUCUAUUAGAUUCGAUUAACCCCAUCAUCUACUCAACUCGACUUAUUACGAAACUAUUUUUACUCAAUGGUUCACCCGGAAACUACAUUUCUGAUAAAUUAGUCAGAGUUUCCGUGAAAUUCCUAGCAAUGUCCUGCCUUUCUUCCCUAUUCGAACUAUACCCCGAGGGUUUGUUCAUGUAUUUAGACAAAAAUUAUUCGCCCCAUACAAAAUCCGCAAUUAGUAAUCAAAAAAUUUCCGAUGUUAUGAUGUUUAAAGAUCACCCCGAUCCACAAAUUCGCGGUGCUGUCGUAAAUAUGUUUGGAAAGUAUUUAGAAGUUGUCAAUAAUUUAUGCGAUGGAGAAUAUGAUGAUUGGAUCGAGAAAAACGGCGAAAAUAACGAAGCAGAUUUAUUUAAAAUGCAAAGUAUCGUCAAUAUUUUCGUUAAGGGAUUAAAUGAUGAGUCCUCAACAUGUAUUAAGCAAACAUUGGUUACUUUGCAAAAUAGUCUCAAGUAUUUAAUUGAAUCGACCAAGAAUAGUGUAGUAAUACCUCUACUGGAUUGUUUACCGACAUUAGCGGAGAAUCCUUAUUGGCUAGUAAAGGUUUCUUUAUGCGAGUUGGUAACAAAAAUCAGUUACAUUGAUAUAUUAUGUGAUGGUAAUGAUGUUCAGGAAAAAGCGUUACAUAAUAUUCUCUUCUUGCUACUCGACGAUAAUGAUCAACGAGUUCGUGCGUCUGCAGCUGCAGCAAUUGUAUUGAUAAUUCCGAAUCUUUUUUAUGAAGAAGAUUCACUAGACGAUCUUGUUCCAACGACAAAAGCUUCAUUAGACCUUGAAAUGAUGACGCAAAAUCUAAAAAACCCCGAAUUGGAUACAAAUAUUAACAAAAAACAUUUUGUUAGUCACAUGCCGUUUCCAUUUGAUAAAUUAUGUGAUCAAAUAUGCUAUAAAACUGAUUUUAACUUGUCGAAAAUAAUUUGUAAGUUAUGUGGGGUAGUACUUACAACAACUUCAAAAAACUUAUUGAGUGGGUGUAUAGAAGUGUUAUCUUCACUUUCCAACACAUAUCCUUGUACUGUGUACAAAAAUAGUUGGUCAAUGUAUGAUUUUCAAAUCAAUAAAGAUAUAAAAACACCAGAUUUAUUGGAAUUUUGUAUCAGUACACUAAUUAAUUCGGUACAGGUGUACGGAAUCCAAAACCAUAUCGAUAUUUUGAAUCUGGCUUCUAACUUAUAUGCAGGUCAUUCUUUGACGUUAUUGAAACCAAUAGAUGAAGAAAAUCCAGUAACACCUUGGAACAUGUUUGAAAAUGAAACAUUUGUAGAAAUAUCUGAACAGUACCUACACCAUAUCAUGAAACUGUUGAACAUAUUUCAUCAUGUUUUGAACGAUCUACAACCGUUGCAUCCACAAUAUAAACCAGUUAUUCCUAAUUUACCAGCUCCCUCGAAUUUGUCACCUUUAAAAAGAAGAAAAAGUGAUUUGGAUAAGAAAACUGUAACUUUGAAACUAGAUAAAGAAGAAAGAGUGGAGAAGAAGGAUAUGAAAAGUAACGUUGGAUCUUUCAUGCAGUCUGUUCAUUAUAUGAAGAUUUAUGAUAGCGUCAAAGCUUGCUUCAAUAAUUAUAAGAUAUCCUUGGAUUCGGCAUCUUCCAAAACAUUACUUGAAUUUCUGAGUACAAUUCUGAGAAGUCUUAGCGUGUUAUUAGAAAUUGGUACAAUAACUGAAUUUGGAAAAUUGGCUGAUGAAAUUUUGGGAUAUUUCCGUUCGACUUUUGUAAUCGAUGCUCCAACGACUGUAGAAGCAGUACAGCAACUUCUCAAAUGUCUCUUUGGUACCAAUUUAGUGGCUAAUUUACUGGAAUUUUCUGUACCUAAAUAUGAAGAAAAGGUGUCCGAAAGGGGUUUUUAUCAUCAAGUAAUCCAAAAGCCGUUUAACCAAGUAUCUCAACUAAUUCAAUCUCUUAAUAAUACAGGGAGACAUGAUUUUGAAGACGACAGUACCGUUAUGGGAUAUCUCCAUAGAAAAAAUUCUAAAAGGACAUCGAUAAAUUUGAAUAGAACGUCUGAUGUAACUUUAGCCAAUUAUAUAAGAAUAUUCGAACCGAUGGUAAUUAAAUCACUAAAACAAUAUACUAUGACCAGUAACGUGAAACUUCAAUGCAAAGUUUUACAAUUAUUGACUCAACUAGUACAACUUCGGGUGAAUUACUGCCUUUUGGAUUCCGAACAAGUAUUCAUAGGGUUUGUUUUGAAACAGUUCGAGUAUAUUGAGGAAGGUCAAGUGCAGAAAGUACAAGAACUGAUACCCAAAAUAUUCCAAUUCUUGGUGCAGCUAUCCUAUAGUAAACAACACUCCAAAUCGAUCAUUGGAGUACCGAAAAUUAUUCAGUUGUGUGACGGAUUAAUGGCUAGCGGUCAACCCGCUGCUACGCACUGUAUUCCGGCAUUGGAACCCAUCGUAGAAGAUAUAUUUUUAACAAGGAAUAAAUCAAAUACAGCUGAUUUCAAAGAACUGGAAACUACUAGAGAAGUAGUUCUUAGUAUGUUGCUAAGACUUUGCGAUAAUAAACAAGUACUAGAUUUGAUUACUUUAAUAUUAGAAGACAGUAAAUAUUGUACUCACAAUAUUGAGAAAUGGUACGAUUGGUCUAAAAGGGUAUUCAACGUAGUACUACCGAUGUUUAAACAGAAUAAAUUGAAACUCCACGACUCCAACUCGUUAAUUUCUAUGAGAAGAUUUAUUUUGGCAAUGAAUCCAGAAGUUUUUAAGCCUUUCGAUGAAAUCAUAGUCAUGUUCUUCCAAGAACCACCUGCAUUGAACUCACCAGUGUUCCAUAAUUGGAUUUCCAAGAUCGUUAUCCUGCUGCUACUCGUAAUUUCUUUGAAAGAAGAUACUCUUUUAUCAAAAAUCGAUAAGUUGAAAUCAGAAUUUUCCCCGGCUAUAAUUUUUGAUAACGUCAAAACUAAAGCGGAUCCUCUGAAUGUUUACAACAAUGCCGAAACGUUUCAAAACAUACCUGCUGAAUUGGUGUUCAUUAAAUUUAUACUCAGAAUACUAAAUGUGUGUUCCAAAAUUUGUGUUCUACAUAUAAACGUUAAAAAUAAUGAAUUUAACGUAGAAAUUUUGUUCGGGUUUUUGAUCCACUGCUCCUAUAUGUUUCAAUCUGGUAACCAUCCAAAUAUAACGAAAACUGUAACCACAACUUUAAACGCAAACAUUCCCUUUGACGAAAACGACGUUAUGGAAAUCAGUUGCAUCAAUGAAAAUUUUUCAAAAUUGGCAGUUUCUUAUCCAGUUUUGAGCACCCAUUGGUGUAAUUUUCUAAUUUUUUUGAGUCAUGAUAAUAUAACUUUCUGGCAAAGUUUUUCCAAAAAUUGCAAACAUGAAUAUAUUGGAAGAGAAAAGAAUCCUGUUUUGAAUUUGGAGGUAAUGAAAAUUGGUAGCGUUAUGUCUUUCUGUGAUUUCCUGGGUGAAAAUAUGAUGGAUACUGAAAACAUUACAUGGUUUUUAAACAAAAAUUCAUUAUCUAUAAUAGAGUUGUAUAACGAGCCUCCAGUAUCAGAAUUUAUUACGCUUGUACAUAGAUCACCAGAUUUAAGCAAAAAGUUUAUUGAAAACGUAUCAGAAGCUGUUAAAAAAUCCCGAUCGUCAGUUUUUAAGGUAAAAGCCUUGAAAUGUGUGGAAAACUGUCAUCAAUCUCAAAUCGGAGCAGUUUUAAAACUAAUAGUACCUCAUAUGCUGAAGUGUCAUCAAACAGCAGUAUCCAGAAUAUCUACGAAUAUCGCAAAUAGGAAAAUUGAAUUUUUAUUCACCUUAUCAAUUGAAGAAGUUAAUACUCAAUUAUCAAGAGACGAUUUGACUAGUAUACAAUCAGUUUUAGUGUCUUAUAAUUUAGUAAAAAGAAAUGAAACUCUAGUUAGUCUUUUAAACAAAUUAUCUGUCCAAUACUAUAAUUUAACUCCAAUAGAAUUCGAACAACGACGAAUCGUGGAUCCAGAUUACAUCAAGAAAUUGAAUAUCGAUAGAAAUUGGUAUUUGAACCAAAUCAAAAGUAAAUUCAUAGAAUGUAGUAUCGGUAAAGAAAUCGCAGAACUUUUAUUGGAAUUGGAGUAUAAAGAAAUUGUUGGUUUUAUGACUAGCAACGAAUUUAACAAACAGUAUUUGAAAGACUGCCUAAACCUAGGUUUGGUUAAUACUAAAAAAUUUCAACUAGAUAGAUGUGAUUUACUUGGAGCCAGUGUUGACUGUAUAUUGAAAGAAGUGUCCGGUAUAAUAUCUAGAGUACCACAACCACAUCAGGUUUAUUCUCCUAUUGGACGACUUCCAUCAACUUCCGAAUCAUCAUACACAGAGAAGAUGACUGAAAAUUUCGACUGUCACGAAUUUUCCCAUUUAAUAUACAGUAUAGCAUUAUCAAUGCCGUUAUUAACAAAAAAUUCUCCCCAAUUAUCUGAAAAUUCAUUAGCAAACUUAAAAAAAUUCAGCGUGGUGUGCUUAGAAUACACUAAGUAUCUAGAAUCACCUAACUCAGAUUUCAGAGCCCAUCUAACGGACAUAUUUCUAACUAGUUGUGAUAAUAUUCUCCGUAGUAUAGGUAGCUGUAAUUUUUUCACUUUAGAUUCCAAUUCUUCUUGGUUGUGUUCUUCCAUUAAUAGUCUGUACGGUCUUGUGAAUACAUUACUGCGAAAUGAUAAACCUCUGUUGACAAUUCCAAAGUAUAAUUUGAGAGAAAAUAGCGAUUCAUCGCCAUCUAUCCAAGCUACCUAUCAGUUGUAUACGUUAACAUGCUGGUUCUUCGAACUCAAAUUAUCGAAUACGACGAAGAUUCCAGAUUUUUUGUUUAAAAGGAUACUCAGUUUGACGGUAUGUUUGGCUAGGUAUCCCCUUGUUAAUUCGUAUGUGAUGAUACCACAACGAGCUUGGAAAACGGGAUGGCUGCCUGAGAAAAUGGACGGGACAUUCGGUACAGUGGUGGCGGCUCUUCCGAUAGAAAUGUUGCAGUAUAUCGAGGUACUCGAAGAAUAUAUUUUUAGGAUAAAUUUAAUGGGGUGGACAACAAGACAACAAUUUGAAGAAACCUGGAUGUGUUUACUUAGUGUCCUUUGUGCGCCAACUAAUGAAUUAGAACCGUUAGAAUUGAAUGAUUCGUUACAUGCCUCUUCUUUAGCCGUUAAAUCAAUAACGGCGUUGUUAUUACAAACUUUAACAUUACCAACUGUUGGGGAUUCGAAUAUAUCGAAAAUUAUCCACAUUUCAAGAAAUUCUGAUAUAGAUGGAAGUGAUAUAGGGGUCCAGAAAUUGAAAAGAAUUCAGAAUUGCAUCCAGAUUUGUUAUGAAAACUCUUCAUAUUUUUCUGAUGAUAACAAGAUCUUCAAUGUUUUCAAUUCACGUAAUUUGGAAAAAUUAUCGGAUAAAUAUUCCUGUGGACAAGUUUCCGUGAAAUAUUUGUUGUUAGCGACUGGUACAAUUGAGGAGGAUAUUUCAUCGUUCGGAGAACCGUAUAGGCAACGAAAGAAGAUUUUGGAAACUAUGGGUUUAGACGUAAAUUCCUGUUUACAAUUUUUGAUCGAUUAUUAUACACAGUUAAUGGAACCUCAAUCAAAUACACAUAUACGUGUUCUUCAUGAAGCUGUUAAAUCCACCGUCAUGAUUUCUGAUCUUUUCACCGAUAAAAGUCAAUUCACGUGGAUGUUUGAAAUUUUCAUGGAAUUAUCAAAAUCUCAUCAUUCAGAAGAUGAAUUUUUACAUCAGUACUUCAUCGUGGGGAUAUGUAAAGCGGUGGCAGUAUUAUAUCCAGAUUCAGAAACAUACGAACAAUUGAAGAAGAUCCUGGUACAGUAUCUAAAAAGUCCUUAUAUAACAUCGAGGUUAUCAUCUUUAUACGGUUUAUUGUACAUUUUAGAAAGUUGUAUACUAUACAAUACAAAAAUUGGAGCCAUAUCCGAAGAGAUGCAGUUAAUUCUACCAUGUGCAGUGGAGUACGUCCAGUUGAAUUUGAAUCCUUCCAAUAAUGUACUGAAGAAGUCCCAGGAACAUACAACCCUGGUGUGGUCUUUGGCGUUAUAUUUAGUAGAGAACGUCGAAGAAAUUCACAUGGAAGAUGGUUUUGUCUCUACGGUUUUGAAUACAGCAUUCAGUAUCCUUCAAAAUAAGAUGGCUACUUGGUUACACAACAUCAUUAUGAAGGGUUUGGAAAGACUAUUAAUAAUUAAAAAAUCCGUAUUAUUGGAGAAUUUCGGAAAACCCUUUUUAAAAUUAGCCUUAGACAAAAUGAAAAGUGAUAAUCCCACUGUAGCUAUAUUAGGAACACAAUUUUUAUUAAGUUAUAUGUAUACUGACUGUGUUAACUACUUACAAAGUAUCCAGACUGUGUCCAAUGCUACCAAUCCAGAAAAUUUAGUUCAGACUAUAGAAACUAUAUCGGCAGUUUUUGAAAGAAUUAAAAGAGGAUACGUGCACGAAGUGGAAAUCUUAUGUACAGUUUUGCCGAAUGUUUUGGACGAUUUUUUUUCACCAGCUGACAUUUUGACCAAAGUUAUCGGCGAAUUUUUAUCUGCACAACAACCUCAUCCUAAACUGUUGAGCAAAGUAGUAUUCCAAGUUUUCCAAAGUGCAAUCCAAAGAAACCAACUUUGCUUACUACAGGACUGGGUUGUGUUCAGUCUAUCCAACUUCACUCAAUCUUUUUCCAUCGGCAUGGCCACUUGGUGUUUAACUUGUUUCUUCGUUAGCGCCAGUAUGAACGAUUGGUUGCGUUUGUACUUCUCCUAUCUUCAAACUAGAGUUGGAAGAUACGAAUACGAAGAUAAAAAAAUGUUGUGUAUAGCCGGAGCAGAUUUUUAUAAAAAUUUGACGAACGAUAAACAACGACAGACAUUCGUGGAGAAUUUCAAAAAAGUUAAAGAUCAACCGGAUACGCCGUUUAACGAUUUACUGUUGUCUUUGUAAAUAUGAUUAAGAUACUAAAAAGAGAGUUUUAUUACAUUGUUAUCGUUAUUUGUGAGAUAUAUUUCAAAUUAUAAUGAGUUAUGUUUGUAAAUAUAACUGUUUUCAAAUUAA